CCGGGAGCCGCCUGAGGAGGAGCGGCGCAGGGGAUGCGGCUGUGGUGGCGGCGGCGGCGGCCGAGCGCUGGGGGCGGCUGUGGCGGCGGAGGGGGGCGCGGGCCGGCGAUGGCGCGGCGGCCCUGAGGGCGCGGGGCGGGCGGCGGCCGGAGGGCGGGCGGCGCGGGAGGAAGCGGCGGCGGUGGCUCCAUGGCCCGGGCGCGCUGAGGGACCCGGCUCUCGCCUCAGCCCGGCGGCGGCGGCGGCGGCGGCCGAACAAUGAAGCUCCUGAAGCCGACCUGGGUCAACCACAAUGGCAAGCCGAUUUUUUCAGUUGAUAUUCACCCUGACGGGACCAAGUUUGCAACUGGAGGACAAGGGCAGGAUUCUGGGAAGGUUGUGAUCUGGAAUAUGUCUCCAGUCCUCCAGGAGGAUGAUGAGAAGGAUGAAAAUAUUCCCAAGAUGCUUUGCCAGAUGGACAAUCACUUAGCAUGUGUGAACUGUGUGCGGUGGUCAAACAGUGGGAUGUAUUUAGCUUCUGGGGGAGAUGACAAACUGAUUAUGGUGUGGAAGCGGGCUACGUACAUCGGCCCCAGCACCGUGUUCGGCUCUAGUGGUAAGCUUGCCAAUGUGGAGCAGUGGCGGUGUGUCUCCAUCCUCCGGAAUCAUUCAGGUGAUGUGAUGGAUGUAGCAUGGUCUCCCCAUGAUGCCUGGCUAGCCUCGUGCAGUGUGGAUAACACUGUCGUCAUCUGGAAUGCUGUAAAGUUCCCAGAAAUUCUAGCUACUCUGAGAGGUCAUUCUGGCUUGGUCAAAGGGUUGACGUGGGACCCUGUUGGUAAAUACAUAGCCUCUCAAGCUGAUGACCGCAGCCUAAAGGUGUGGAGGACACUGGAUUGGCAGCUGGAGACCAGCAUCACCAAGCCUUUUGAUGAGUGUGGAGGAACGACACAUGUGUUGCGGCUCAGCUGGUCACCUGAUGGGCAUUACCUGGUAUCUGCCCAUGCCAUGAACAACUCAGGCCCCACUGCCCAGAUCAUUGAACGGGAGGGAUGGAAGACCAACAUGGACUUUGUAGGGCACCGGAAAGCUGUGACUGUCGUGAAAUUCAACCCAAAAAUCUUCAAAAAGAAGCAGAAGAAUGGGAGUUCUACGAAGCCCAGCUGCCCAUACUGCUGCUGCGCUGUUGGCAGCAAGGACCGCUCGCUUUCUGUCUGGCUCACAUGUCUGAAACGGCCGCUGGUGGUCAUCCAUGAACUGUUUGACAAAUCCAUCAUGGACAUUUCCUGGACUCUGAAUGGGCUUGGCAUCUUGGUGUGCUCCAUGGAUGGCUCUGUGGCAUUCCUUGACUUCUCCCAGGAUGAGCUUGGAGAUCCCCUAAGCGAGGAGGAGAAGAGCCGCAUUCACCAGUCCACCUAUGGCAAGAGCCUGGCCAUCAUGACUGAGGCCCAGCUCUCCACAGCUGUUAUUGAGAACCCUGAGAUGCUCAAGUACCAGCGGAGGCAGCAGCAGCAGCAGCUGGAUCAGAAAAGUGCCUCCACCAGGGAGACAGGCUCAGCCACCUCAGUUGCAGGCGUCGUCAACGGGGAGAGUCUUGAAGAUAUUAGGAAGAAUCUUUUGAAGAAGCAAGUUGAGACUCGGACGGCAGAUGGUCGGAGAAGAAUCACACCUCUCUGCAUAGCACAGCUGGACACUGGGGACUUCUCCACGGCAUUCUUUAACAGCAUCCCCCUCUCGGGCUCCCUGGCGGGUACCAUGCUCUCUUCUCAUAGCAGUCCACAGCUACUGCCACUGGACUCCAGUACCCCUAACUCCUUCGGCGCCUCGAAGCCUUGUACAGAGCCUGUGGUGGCUGCCAGUGCCAGACCUGCGGGCGAUUCUGUCAAUAAGGACAGUAUGAAUGCUACCUCUACUCCUGCUGCAUUGUCACCUUCUGUGUUAACGACCCCGUCCAAGAUUGAACCCAUGAAAGCGCUUGACUCCCGGUUCACAGAGCGGUCCAAAGCCACGCCAGGUGCUCCUGCCCUGACCAGUGUGACCCCAACAGCCAUGGAAAGGUUAAAAGAGCAGAACCUUGUGAAAGAGCUAAGGCCGCGAGACCUCCUGGAGAGCAGCAGUGACAGUGAUGAUAAGGUCCCUUUGACUAAGCCUUCCUCAUUGUCCAAGCGAAAACUUGAGCUUGAGGUAGAAACGGUAGAGAAGAAGAAGAAAGGGCGGCCUCGGAAGGACUCUCGUCUCAUGCCCGUGUCUCUGUCUGUCCAGUCUCCAGCUACCCUAACUGCAGAAAAGGAGGCCAUGUGUCUGUCUGCACCAGCACUUGCACUGAAGCUGCCAAUUCCAGGCCCCCAGAGAGCAUUCACCCUCCAGGUCAGCUCCGAUCCCUCCAUGUACAUUGAGGUGGAGAAUGAAGUGACAGUGGUGGGGGGCGUGAAGCUGAGCCGCCUGAAGUGCAACCGGGAAGGGAAGGAGUGGGAGACGGUGCUCACCAGCCGGAUCCUCACUGCUGCAGGCAGCUGUGACGUGGUGUGUGUCGCCUGUGAAAAAAGGAUGCUGUCAGUGUUCUCCACCUGUGGUCGCCGUCUCCUCUCUCCUAUCCUCCUGCCGUCCCCGAUCUCUACUUUGCAUUGCACAGGCUCCUACGUCAUGGCACUCACUGCUGCAGCCACACUGUCCGUCUGGGAUGUUCAUAGACAGGUGGUUGUGGUGAAAGAAGAGUCUCUACACUCCAUCUUGGCAGGAAGUGAUAUGACGGUAUCACAGAUCUUGCUGACGCAGCAUGGAAUCCCAGUAAUGAACUUGUCCGAUGGGAAGGCGUACUGCUUUAAUCCGUCACUUUCUACAUGGAACCUGGUUUCUGACAAGCAGGACUCACUGGCUCAGUGUGCGGACUUUAGGAGCAGCCUGCCAUCCCAGGACGCCAUGCUGUGCUCAGGACCAUUAGCCAUAAUCCAGGGCCGCACCUCCAACUCGGGAAGGCAGGCUGCCCGGCUCUUCUCCGUGCCUCAUGUGGUGCAGCAAGAAACCACCCUGGCCUACCUAGAGAACCAGGUGGCAGCAGCACUCACCCUGCAGUCCAGCCACGAGUACCGCCAUUGGCUCCUCCUCUACGCACGGUACCUUGUAAAUGAAGGGUUUGAAUACCGACUUCGAGAAAUAUGCAAGGACUUACUGGGUCCGGUUCACUACUCCACUGGAAGCCAGUGGGAGUCAACAGUAGUGGGUCUGCGGAAGAGGGAGCUGCUGAAGGAGCUGCUGCCAGUCAUUGGGCAGAACAUCCGAUUCCAGCGCCUCUUCACCGAGUGUCAGGAACAGCUCGACAUCCUGAGGGACAAGUAAACUGCUCCGGCCUACCCUGGCUGCAGCAAGGGCAGGGCCACACUCUUGCCGCUGAUGACACGCAGGGCCUCCUCUCACCUGGCCAGGCUGCAGGGGAAGAAGACACUGGCAGGAGAUGUGCUGUCCUGCACCAGCGCCAGCCCAGCUCUCUGGGCAGAUGUGCCCUGUGUCCUGGGCCUGACGUUGCCUCUGGAGGGGAAAGCUCGUUCCUCCCUCCAGGCCCCCUAUGCGGAGCUGGGGCUGGAGCUCUGCCCAGGUGCCCUGGGGCCAGCAAGGCAUUCCCAGGCCUGCUGUCUCCAGCACGGCCCCAAGGUGGACACUAGCCCCUGCUGCUGCAGGCGCUGUGCUGCUUCAGCAGUGAUGAUUGAGCCAUUUGUGAGAGAGAAUCUGAAAGCGUUAGGUAUUACACAGUCAGCAGACUGACCUGAGACCUAUGUAAAAGGAAAGCUGUUCCAACACACGGACUAUUUUUGUACUAGAAUUUGCUAACUUGUAAUAUGGAAUUUCCUUUGGCCGAUAAUCAGGAUUUCCCUAUAAGUCACUUGGACAUUGGUCACUUGUAGGAAAUUUAAACUCUAAUUAUGACAGCUACACUGAAAAAUAAUUGUACUGAAAUUAACUUGUCUAUCUUCAUUUGGUUUUAAUUUUUAAAUGUUUGUAAAAAGAGACUGUUUUGGGGGAAUGGGGCAAAGGGGUGGGCAAUUUCUUUUGUAAGUGUAAAAUAAAUGAACACACAUUGGAUACCAAA